AUGGAGUUAGAUAAUCUUUUGGAAGUAGUAAAAAAGAAAACGAACUAUGCUUACUUACAUGAAUCAGAUUCCGCAACUCGACAUUCUUUAGAGAAGCAAUUGCAAGACGAGGAAUCAAUUCAACAAGAUCUACCAUUGGAAUUUAUUUCUAGACUCAAAGAGCUAAGUCGGAAAUUGGAAAAUGCGAAACAAAUAGCCAGUGUUUUGGAUUGGAAUUCCUAUUUUUACUACGCUAGUACAUGUCAGGAUAAAGUCACCAGUCUGGAGAUGAUUAAAUUGGUUGCCAACUGUUUCAUGCAGGUGCCUGUAUUAACGAAGCAGUUGGCACAUUCUGAUUGUUUGAAGAGCUUCACCCAAAAAGUAUUUGAAAGGGAGAACUUGGAAUCUCAAAACGUUUACUUACGGUUUUUGUUCAUUUUUUUGUCGUACCAGGGAGCAGAUACGUGCAUAAACUUGAAUGAUUUGACGUUUUUAUUGGUUAAAAGACUAGAAGCGAUAUGGAACUUUAAAUUACAGUCAGUUUGUGAUAAUGAAAACCUAUCACUUUAUGCAGAAAUUUUAAGGAUUUUGUUCCCACUCUUUAGAAUAGGAUCUAUCGAGGAAUCAACGAAAUUAACGUAUGUUUCUGGGAAAUAUCAACAUGUUUUAACUCUAUUCAGAGCAUUACCGAUUCUAAUAAAAACUUGGUCAAAAUAUGCACAGGAUGAAGAUUCCACUAUACGUUGGCAUUCUAUCAAUGCAAUUUUGGAAUGCAGUUUAAAAAACAUCACGUCUAGUCAGGCUUGUGAGAUUGUGGGUCUGGCAAUCAAGACUUUGCAUUCGAUAGUUAAAUUAGAGACGGUUGAACAACUUGAAGGGCAUUAUCUUCACUUAGAGAGUGCUAUUUCACUAAAUACAUCAGCUUCGCUGGAAAAAGUUCUCGUUCCUAUACUUUGUGUUCUAUAUUCCAUCAUGCAUAUUGAAAGAGUACAAGAAAAAUUAAAAUUUAUUUUUCUACCAGAAGAGUGUGACAGAGUGACAAGCUUAAAGAAAGGAAAGAGUUUGGCAUGUUUAUUGUUACGGCUUAGUAUGAUACCACUUCUGGAAAAUAUUUCUAUUUGGCAUGGAACCAUUUUAUUUAGAAUUUGCGACUGUAAUGCUGAUUUGCUCACAAAAGAAGUCGGAUAUGGUUAUGCCUCUGGUAUUCUAAAUAGAGUCAAGCAUUCCGAUUCUUCAAAUAUCAUCAUACCCGAGUCUACAGGGAAUUCUUUGAAGCCAGAGAAUUUUCAAUUCAUUGAUCCAAUAACAGGUGAAUUUAAACAACGAUCUAAGCAGCCAAGCUCCUCAUCGACCAUGACAAUGGAAGAAAAAGAGCGAGAAGCAGAGCGGCUAUUCAUCUUAUUUCAGAGACUAGAGAAAAAUGGUGCUAUGCAAGUGACAAAUCCAAUUCGCCAAGCUAUUGACAGUGGACACUAUCAGGAACUUGACGAUACUUACUCACAGUAA